AUGCUACCUCCGUUUUCAAUCCAUCUCCUCUUAUAUAAUUAUGAUUACAUUGAAUUACUCACAGGUAUACUCCAGGCUGAAUCAUCUUAGUGUCACUAUCAGUUACUGUGCCGUGUUGAAGUUGGUCACGAAAAUCAGCAAGCUGCACCAACGUCCUAUCGAUGCCUGGAUUGAUGAGGGUGCAUGUUUCAAGUUCGUGGGGGACAACGUUGCUAAAACAAAGGGCGUUAGAGACAUACGUAGUGACCAUCAUGGUGAGCUAGUGCAAAUGUACAGUUUGUUGGCAGUGAAGGGUCGUGUGAAAGGACCAUCUCCAGUCUCAACCUUUUCCCCCCCUAACCUGGGUUCCCUAAAAAUAACUCACUUCCUUCCUACAAAGACCGACAUUGAGGGCAUCCAAGAAAAUUUGGUCGUUCUAGUCGGUCGAAUACUGUGCGAGUACAUCAAGCCCCUCCAACGGUACAAACGGUGUGUUGUCAGUCACAUUAAGCACCCCCACAGCACAGAGAUGGCCAAAAAAUCUGAGGUUGUAGUCCUUGAUGUUCUACACAAGAAUGAGGCAAAGGCCGCAGACAUGAUAGACAUAAUGAUCGAGAAACAUUCAUACUUGAAAGAUUCUAUUGAACUUACUGUUAUGUCAGGUGGCGAUCAGAUGACAUGUGAAAGACAGCGAUGUAGCAAAAAACAUAUGCGAGAUGCGGACACUCGCAGUGGACGAUUGGAGCAGUUAGAGCCUUGUAUAGAGGACUGGCACUGCCUUAUGAGUAUUCUGGGGAUCAUAUGGAAGCGACUCUACACCCCAUACUCGAAGGACCCUGGCUCACUGGCACAUCUCUUCACACAGAUUGGCAGACUAUCUCAAGCCAGAAUCCCGAAGAAAGACCUUCAUGCUUGUCUCGAUGCUCUUCGCGUGGUGUUUAAGGCUCAUGUCAUCACGAUAGCACGCAAGGAACUUGGAUUGGAUGUAGAUAUGCCAACACAAGAAGAUGGCCAACGCAAGAGUAUAGAUGUGUCGGAAUUAGCAAGGAAGAUAGUGAAACAGCACACUAUAGUGUCAGAAGCAAUUCUUGGAGAGCCACUUGAGGAUAGCAAGGAUGGUGUGUACAACUACACUAGAGUUCUGUGUCACUAUGCCGCACUGGUAACAGAGUUCACAGAUGCUUGGUUUAGAAAAUACUUGUAGUA